AUGUCGCUAGGCAACAGCUCAUGGAUUCACCCUUCAUCCUUCCUGCUCUUGGGAAUCCCGGGACUGGAACGGUUGCAUUUCUGGCUUGGUUUGCCAUUUGGUACAGUCUAUCUUAUUGCUGUCCUAGGAAAUGUCAUCAUUCUCUUUGUGAUCCAGCUUGAACACAAUCUUCACCAGCCUAUGUUCUACUUAUUGGCCAUGCUGGCUCUGACUGACUUGGGCCUGUCUACGACAACCAUCCCCAAAGCACUCAGCAUAUUCUGGUUUGGCUUCCACAAAAUUGCCUUUAGGGAUUGUUUAGCUCAAAUGUUUUUCAUACAUCUGUUUACAGGCAUAGAAACAUUCAUGCUUGUAGCCAUGGCUUUUGAUCGCUAUGUUGCCAUUUGUAACCCUCUCCGAUACAACACAAUCCUCACCAACAGAACAAUCUGUGUUAUUGCUGGAGUUGGACUGUUCAAAAAUUUCAUUUUAGUUUUUCCACUUAUAUUUCUCCUUCUAAGGCUUUCAUUCUGUGGACACAAUAUCAUACCCCACACAUACUGUGAACACAUGGGCAUUGCUCGACUGGCGUGUGUCAGCAUAAAGGUCAAUGUAUUAUUUGGGUUGAUACUCAUCUCUAUGAUACUUUUGGAUGUUAUUUUGAUUGCUAUUUCAUAUGUGAAAAUUCUUCAUGCUGUAUUCAAACUCCCAUCCUGGGAAGCCAGGCUCAAAGCUCUUAAUACCUGUGGUUCCCAUGUGUGUGUGAUCUUGGCUUUCUUCACUCCAGCCUUUUUCUCGUUUUUGACUCAUCGAUUUGGACACAAUAUUCCACGGUAUAUCCACAUCCUCCUUGCUAACUUAUAUGUUAUCAUUCCCCCUGCUCUUAACCCUCUUAUUUAUGGGGUGAGAACCAAGCAGAUUCGAGAUCGUGUGGUGAUAUUUUUUUGUAAGGAAGUUUGA